CUUCUUGCUGUGUGGCGACAGCACUACCUACUGCGUCGCCAAGAAGUGAAGCAAACACCUUCAGUGAAACCUCUCAUGCUGAUGCCUCUUUACUGAGUGACCUGAAGUGACCCCGCCCAUCAGCCGCUCCACCAAUCAGCUCUCGGCGUGCUCCUCUCAGCCAAUGAGAAACACAAAAACAAGCCACCCAUGCGGCAGCUCCAACAGCACAGGAAGAAGAUGUGUUUGAUCAGCAGAUAGCGGUUAUUGAUUAGGAGGAACUAUGCGUCUGUUUUAAUCCAUCAGUGGAUUUGAGAAGUGCGCCAGUCAUGGACGUAUCAGCGGGUCUGUUGUUAGAGUAUGUUUUCUCGCCUGCAAACAUAGCAGGUUUGAUAGCGUUCGUACUGGUUUUCUAUGUGCUGCAAGAGUACCAGUGGCAUCAGACAUACGCCAACAUCCCUCCGGGUCCAAAGCCAUGGCCCAUCGUGGGCAACUUCGGGGGCUUCCUCGUGCCACCUUUCAUUUUAAAACGCUUCGUGAAGAACAGCAAAGAGUUCGCGAAGGUGGUGUCGAACCCGCUUUCUCCUCAGGCUGGACUCAUAGAGAUGUCCAAACUGUACGGGAACAUAUUCAGCAUUUUCGUCGGGCCUCAGCUCAUGGUGGUGCUGACGGGAUACGACGCGGUGCGGGACGCGAUGCUCAACCACACGGAGACGUUUUCUGACAGACCGCACAUACCGCUCGUUACUAUUAUCACCAAGAGGAAAGGGAUUGUAUUUGCGCCGUACGGCCCGCUGUGGCGAACCAACCGCCGGUUCUGUCACAGCACUCUGCGCAGCUUCGGCUUCGGCAGGAUGAGUCUGGAGCCCUGCAUCCAUGAAGGCCUGGCCAUCAUCAAAACCGAGCUCCAGAGCCUCAUCGAGACAGCAGGCCCUUCUGGCAUUGAUCUGACUCCGCUCAUCAGCAAUGCGGUCUCCAACAUCAUCUCCUUAAUGAGUCUGGGUCAGCGCUUCCACCAUGAGGACAAGGAGUUUCGAAACAUGCGGGAUCUCAUGUCCCACGGCCUGGAGAUCAGCGUCAACACCUCCAUUCUGCUGGUCAAUGUGUUCCCCUGGCUCUACUAUCUGCCAUUCGGUGUCUUCAAGGAGCUGCGACGAGCCGAGCUUGACAUUACAGCCUUCCUGAAGAGGAUCAUCGCGAGGCACCGAGCCACACUGGAUCCGGAGAAUCCCAGGGACUUCAUCGAUAUGUAUCUGGUGGAGAUGCUGGCCAAGCAGAAAGAAGGCAGUUCAGAGGAAAACCUGUUCUCCGAGGAUGAUCUCUUCUACAUUAUUGGAGAUCUCUUCAUUGCAGGAACCGACACGACGACUAAUAGCAUGCUGUGGAGCAUUCUCUAUAUGUCUUUGUAUCCUGAUGUGCAAGAGUUCAGAGGGUUCACCAUCCCUAAAGGAACGGUUAUCAUCCCAAACCUCUGGUCAGUUCACAGGGAUCCCACAGUGUGGGAAAAUCCUGAUGACUUCAAUCCAUCACGAUUUCUAGAUGACCAGGGAAAGAUUCUCAGGAAAGACUGCUUUAUUCCAUUUGGAUUGGGGCGCAGAGUGUGCAUGGGAGAGCAGCUGGCGAAGAUGGAGCUGUUUCUGAUGUUCACCAGCCUGAUGCAGACCUUCACAUUCAGGUUUCCAGAGGGAGCAACUGCUCCUUCCAUGCACGGACGCUUCGGCCUGACUCUGGCUCCAUGCCCGUUCACUGUCUGUGUCAAAACACGCUGAACGGGGCUUUAAAAAUGUCAAUACCAAAGCAAGGAGUCAUCAUUAGGGAGCAAAUUGCACAGGUUGUGCAUUAAGGAGAGUUGUUCAUUGGAACAUGAACAAAGUAAGAAGUAAGGGCCUUUUUAGUUGUAUGAUGAAGCAAAAGCUUUUAGGCUAUUUUUAUAAAAAGAAAUGUCCUAAAUUUUCAAGAAAAAAAAAUGCAUACACUUUAAAAAAUAUCUAAUAUAUUAACGUAGCAAGUAGUUUGUCGUUAAUGGAUGUUUUACAUUUAUUUAGUCUUUUGAUAUGCAUUAUGAGAUCUUUGAUCUCUGCCACAACAAAUAUUUAUGUUUACAAGCUUAACAAAGUGACUUUUAUUGACAUUUUACUAGCUUGAAAAGACCUCCAUGAAGUUGCCACCCCAUAAAAAUAAACAAUCCUUAAAACCAAGCAUUAUAUCAAAUUAAGCACAGUUUGUUUGUGCUGUGCUGGGGUCCGUUCUUCGUACGUGGAUUACAUAU